AUUCUUCCACCCGGCACCAGUGCGGCAAUGAACAACUUCAGGCUCACUGAGCUGAGUGGAUUCCACUCCCUGUGCCUUCCGAGUCUGCUGCCCCAAGCUCCUGCCCAGUCUCAAACCGUACAGCUGAAUACAGUGCACCCUGAGGAGUAGAACACAGAGGGUGUCAGUGGAGACCUCAAAGUCUGGAGAAAAAAUGACCUUUCAUGGAAUACACAGUGUGCCUCCUGCUGAAUGUUUGUGCCCUGCUGACCUCUGAUAACUAAAACCCAUGGGCCUGGAUCUGUAGAAAGUCAACCCACCUAACCCUCCACAUCAUGCAUCAACUGUUCCGACUUGUUUUGGGACAAAAAGAUCUUUCACGAGCUGGGGACCUUUUCUCCUUAGAUGACUCUGAGAUUGAAGACAGCCUAACAGAAGCUUUGGAGCAAAUUAAAAUAAUUAGCUCAUCUUCGGAUUAUCAAACCAAUAACAAUGACCAGGCGGUGGUUGAAAUCUGUAUCACAAGAAUCACAACAGCCAUCAGGGAGACAGAGUCCAUUGAAAAGCAUGCCAAGGCCCUUGUGGGGCUCUGGGACUCCUGUUUAGAACACAACCUGAGACCCUCCGGCAAAGACGAAGACACGCCCCACGCAAAAAUCGCAUCUGAUAUCAUGAGUUGCAUUUUACAGAAUUACAACCGGCCCCCCGUGAUGGCGUUAGCCAUCCCCAUCGCAGUGAAAUUCCUUCACAGGGGCAGCAAAGAACUGUGCAGGAAUAUGUCCAACUAUCUGUCCCUUGCUGCAAUUUCCAAGGCAGACCUCCUGGCUGAGCACACGGAAGUUAUAGUAAAGAGCAUUCUGCAAGGUAAUGUCAUGUUGUUGAGGGUGUUACCUGCUGUGUAUGAAAAGCAGCCUCAGCCGAUUAACAGACACCUGACGGAGCUCCUGGCCUUGAUGUCUCAGCUGGAACAACCAGAGCAAUACCACCUCCUGCGGCUCCUGCAUGUGGCAGCCCAGAGGAAGCAACUGGAGGUAGUUCAGAAGUGUAUUCCUUUCCUCAUUGGACAUUUGAAGGAUUCAACCCAUAAUGACCUCAUCUUAAACACCCUCAUAGAGAUAGCCGGCUAUGAGCCAGUGGCUUUGAACAGUUUUCUUCCAAUGCUGAAAGAGAUUGGGGAGCGAUUCCCCUACCUCAUCGGACAAAUGGCAAGGAUCUAUGGAGCUGUUGGGCAUGUGGAUGAAGAGAGGGCCAGGAGCUGCCUGCGCUACCUGGUGAGCCAGCUGGCCAACAUGGAGCACUCCUUCCACCAUAUUCUCCUGCUGGAGAUCAAGGGCAUCAGCGACAGUUUCUCCUCCAUCCUGGGCCCUCAGAGCAGGGACAUCUUCCGCAUGAGCAACAGCUUCACUGCCAUUGCCAAGCUCCUCACCCGACAACUGGAGAACACUAGUGCUGGAAGUGGCAGGAGAAAAAUCAGUGCUGAAGUUGAAUUUCCUGAGAGAAUGGAAGAAACCAAGCUCGUGGUGGCUGAAAAAGAAGACCACGAAAAGCUCCAAGUUAAAAUCCAGGCUUUUGAAGACAAAAUAAACGCUGACAGCAAUAUCCCUGGCUCUGUUAGAAGAUAUAGUUUGGGCCAAGUUUCUAAGGAAGAAAGAAAAAACAUUAGAUUUGACAGGUCCAAAAGUUUGGCUUUGCACACCGUGCUCUCCAAGGGUGUGAGUUCAGAUGACGGGGAAGAUGGAGAGAGCGGGGAGGUACCAGCCAGCAUCUCUCUUUCAGAAAUGGAUCCACUUAGACAAAGAAGUAGUAACAAGUUGCCCUUUAAGACAGACACUGACAGACCACAGCUGGGAAAUUCUUCAGUGUCACACCCAAAUAUUUCACAUAUAGAAUCAGAGAAUUUGCCAGAAGCUGUUAAAGAAAACUUCCGAGAAGAAACUCCAGUGUCACCUGCAAGUCCUGCAGAAUACCAAGAUAAGCUCUACCUGCACUUAAAAGAAAACCUCAGUAAAGUGAAGGCGUACGCCACGGAAAUCGGAAAGAAGAUUCCAGUCCCUGAUCAGUGUACCAUUGAAGAUACUGUUAGGAGUUGUGUAGCAAAGCUGUUCUUCACCUGCUCCCUGAAGGGUCAUUACUGCCUAUACAGCAAAUCCAGUUUUAUUCUCAUCAGCCAAGAACCUCAGCCAUGGAUCCAGAUCAUGUUCCUGUUCCAGCAGAGCCUGUUUCCUGAGCCCUUAUCCAUACAGAGUCAUUCCGUGCAAUUCCUCAGGGCUCUGUGGGAGAAGACCCAGGCAGGGGGUGCUCACAGCUUUGAAGCCGCCAUGAUGGAGUCCACGUUUCCACAGCAGAAGGAUCUGGACCAGGUACAGCUCCAUCUGGAAGAAGUGAGGUUCUUUGACGUGUUUGGCUUCAGCGAAACAGCAGGAGCGUGGCAGUGUUUCAUGUGCAACAACCCUGAGAAAGCCACUGUUGUCAAUCAAGAUGGCCAGCCUCUCAUAGAAGGAAAACUUAAAGAGAAGCAAGUCAGAUGGAAGUUCAUCAAAAGGUGGAAAACUCGCUAUUUUACUCUGGCUGGAAAUCAGCUUCUGUUUCAGAAAGGAAAGUCUAAAGACGAUCCAGAUGACUCCCCCAUAGAACUCAGCAAAGUACAGAGUGUGAAAGCUGUGGCCAAGAAACGCAGGGAUCGCUCUCUCCCUCGGGCUUUCGAAAUCUUCACAGACAAUAAAACCUAUGUUUUCAAGGCCAAGGACGAGAAGAAUGCAGAAGAAUGGCUCCAGUGCAUCAAUGUGGCGGUUGCUCAAGCGAAAGAGAGGGAAAGUAGAGAAGUAACCACAUAUCUGUAGGGAUUUACAAGCCAUCCUCAAGUAAUCGUAUACCACAGGCAUUGCGUUUUCAUUGCCAAUGUCAAGAAAACGAGCUAAAGUCACCAAGCCAUGUUGUUUUUCUACUUAACACCAGUGGAGUAGUUGUCCCUAGAAAGAAGAGCCUAAACUGACAAGAUUCUUAGUCAAUUUCAUGUUUUAAC